AGAUGUGAGACAUGACUUAAAACUGUUUAUAUCGGCUCUUUGACCGCCUAGACAUCAUUCACAACUUGACGAGGAAACAUCCACGGUUGCUCAUUUUUUAAAAUCUCCCACCACCUAUGGAUCAGGAUUUUUGUGAAACUGACCCCAUGUUGAACGCCUAUGGAACAUUUGUGGUGGAUAACUCCACUUUUAAGUUAAAAGAGCUACGGUCGAGAAAUGAAGGCAAGAGCGACAACGGUGGCGAUGACGACGAUGAUGAUGUCCACGGCAAUAAGGAAUUACCAUUUGUUGCAUUCCUUGCUCUCGUUGCUCUGGGAAUGUGGGUUCCGUCUUCCGAUCUCGGCGGUGACAUCGGACGACGGAAACACGAUAAGGACGUCGACAGCAAUAUGGACAUCGACAACGAUAUAAUCGAGUUACGUGACAUCACAGAAACAAAGACGACGGAAAUUCAGAUGGAUGUAGAAGACACACGCGACAUUGAUUUCAUUGCGUUGAACUUUGAGCCUGCUGGGAAAAAGAAGAAUUACAGAUGGUGCUGGAAGAAUAUUUUCCUUGAACUUGCCUCUAUAUUCUACCUUGCCACACUGACCUUACUUCUCGCAGUAGACGGCGGUACGUACCUUUUCAACUUCUGGGGGUCACCGAGUGAACUGCUGUACAUGAUCUCCUAUGCUACCUUUACGCUUCAGGUUUUCUUAGGUCCUCUGUAUGCCUUGCUGAGACGUCUGUCAGCAUUUGUCCACGGUCAUCAACCAUCGCAGUGUCCACUGAACCGGAAGUACAUGCUACGGAGGAUUCACGCGUUACGCUCGUCCGGGAAGAACAAUCUCUUGAGGCCGUUCUUUAUGUUGGUCUUCAUCAGUUGGCCAUUGGCUCAGGCCAUCGUGAGAGCUGUGACAUCGGCGAUCGUCCAUCACAAAUGCCAUCUGAUGUACUUUCUAUUCAGCGAUAUAACCUCGGCGUGGUCUUUGGUAGUUUAUGGGAUCUUCUGGUACGUCAUGUACAUCGAGCGCGUGUCGCUGCACCACGACCUUAACCGGGUGGUGCGGAAUGUCCAACGCGCGUCGUUGGCAGAAGACGUUGACGCGGCGCGUCGUGAAAUACGACGCGUCCACCGCGACUACCUCAUUCUACGAGAGCUGAUGGGCAUCUGGAUGGCAAUGACCAUGGUGAUAACAUCUUGGGGACUAUUGACGCGACUCUCCUGGGAUUACGCCAUCUCUGGACAACUCCUCCAGGAUCAUUCUCAAAGGCAGGCCAAACUGUACCUUGACAUAACCAUCUGGUCGGAGAAGAUCAUGCUCAUUGCAUUUCCUUGCCUCGCCCUUGGUGGUAUCAAUCUGGAGUACCUAUGGCAGAUGUUUUAUCACGCCCUUGAGAGGAUACGGUCCUACAAACAACAUGCUUUCUGGAUGGCUAUUCAGCUACACGUAACAAACAUAAAUCAAAUCGGAAGUCCGGAACUCAAAUGGACUCUCGUCUUUGCUUUGAUCGGGCCCUACUUGACCAUUCAGUCCUCAUGGUCUAAGAUGGAAAACAACCUAAAUCUUGACUUCUGGAAUGGACCUUUUCCGAGCAAUUGUUCGGCGGGUUAAGCCACUAUCCCCUCUAAUUUUGUGAGACGGAACAGACGGACGCUCUUCCAGCUGAGCCAACACACCGGUUAUGCCAAGUCCUAAACCAUUUAUAUAAUAGGUCGUGUUAGACCAAGUAGAUCGAAAGGUUUUUUAAACUGAAAUUAAAAUGGUUGAUUGGCUUGAUAGCAAACAAUGAUUCGUAAAAUAAAUUUGUUUUAGACGAACUAAGAGACCAUUUUGGAUGAGGCAACGCGGAUAUAGAUCAAGUGGAAAUUCACUUUAACAAGAUAGAAAUAAUGACACUGAAUCUAAAAUGUCUUCCAUUACAUAUCACUUCUUUAUUCAACCGAUGUGUAAUUCCAAUCGCGGGUAUCCACACAUAAUAAUUUGACAUAGACUGACACUAGUUUUGGGCCCCUAAUUCUGUGGCAAACUAUGUAUCAAAUUUGUAAGCAGUCGUAAAUAUAUUCACCAUAUUCAUAGAUUUAUUCAGGGCCCUGCUUUGAUAUCAUGCAUGUACAGCGAAAUGAUCCGGCUUCUAACAGAACCGAUAAUUCUAUUAAAUGAUAAAUCUGCAUGGUAUCUUUUAAAAAUAAAUCAUAUAUCAUUUUGCAAAUAGACUCGAUGGAUUGCCUAUUAAAUAUAGUUUAAGUUAGCAACGUUCUUGGAAAACUUAUGCUUUUACUUCUUAUAUGUUUUUGUUUGUUUUUUAAACUCUUUUUUAUCAAAUGAGAGUUAACAUCGAAUGCGACUAUAUUCCUAUUGCUAACACGCCUACUUUGUUGGAUACUAUAAUUCUCACUUACAUAGUAAAAACGCUAUUUAGAUUUUUUUACACAAUGCUGUUUACUGUAAUGAACUUUACAGUUUCAACAAGUUUAUGAAAUCUCAAACAAGAAGUUUAAUUUUUUUAAUACUUUAUUCUUAAACAAAUUAUGCAUGGUUGUUUAAACUACUGUAUGGUGUAUAUGGUAAACAGUGUUAUAUAAAAGGAAAUAAACAGGGUCUAUACUGACCACCGUCUUUAAUGACUGGACAUUUCACACCAAUUCGCACAUCCCGCAUAUUCUGUCAUACUGCUUCACUUACCAAAGUCGCUCAUUAAUAUUACAAUGUUGGCGCGUUUCUUGAGGUGUGAUAGCGAGUUUUCGCAAUCGCGAAGAGAUGGAUUCUACAACCAACAUUGUAGAACCUCCAUUGAAGAUGUUCUUCAAAUCACAACGAACAGCUGAGAGUUCUUUGUCGAAAAUUGGUGAACCGCGAC